UACUAGAUGUGAUCAUAGAGAUGCUGCUGUUGUUUCUCAUUUAUUCUUGGUAGAGGUUGACAGUAUUGUGGUUGCUUUGGGCUAUGCAUUGGAAGAAUAUAAAUGUCCAAAAUUACCCUUGGAUUUCGACAACCGGUAAUGGAUGGAUUUAACAUGCUAAAUGCAGUCGCUGAAGUAGCUGUUCUCAACUUGUGUCGCCUGCACCACGCUUCGGCGUUGGUUAAUUUAGAGAUCUGUGUAGUUUCAGGAACAUAGAACAACACUUAGCAAUGGCCCAUAGAACUUCAUCAGAUAAAGCCCUGCGCUGGGGCAGUAAGAUGCCAAUUUCAACUUACCUCAUUUUGACCAUCAUCCUGCUGUGUUGUCUGUCUAACAGUUAUGCAGAGGCUGCGAAUAGCACAGCCUGUUUCACUAAAACUGAGUGUGAGAAAGGUAUUAUGUUACCUUUAUGGAAGCCAGUGGGCAACCUGAGUGAUGGUGACCGGGCUGCCCGUGCCACAGUCUACAUGGCAGCUAUGAUCUACAUGUUCCUUGGGGUAUCCAUCAUUGCAGACAGAUUCAUGGCAGCCAUUGAGGUCAUCACAUCAAAAGAGAAAGAAAUAGUGGUUAAAAAACCCAAUGGCCAAACUGCUAUUGUGAGUGUCAGAAUAUGGAAUGAAACUGUAUCCAAUUUGACUUUGAUGGCUUUGGGAUCAUCUGCACCUGAAAUUUUACUCUCUAUUAUUGAGAUUUGUGGGAGAGGCUUCAAGGCAGGGGAGUUGGGCCCAAGCACAAUUGUAGGAAGUGCUGCCUUCAACUUAUUUGUGAUUACAGCUCUUUGUGUUUAUGUCAUCCCAGCUGGUGAGACAAGGCGCAUUAAACAUUUGCGUGUUUUUUUCAUCACAGCAUCUUGGAGUAUAUUUGCUUAUCUGUGGUUAUAUUUCAUCAUUUCUGUGUCCAGUCCAGAAGAGGUUGAGCUUUGGGAAGCAAUACUAACUCUUCUCUUCUUCCCUUUAACUGUCCUCACAGCAUACAUAGCUGAUAAGAGAAUUUUCUUCUAUAAAUUCCUUUCAAAGAAAUACCGUAGCUCGAGAAACAAAGCUGUUGUGAUUCAGACUGAGGGAGACACUGAGUUGGCAGAUGGUAAAGCCACCUCAAAUCACGUUGGGGAUGAUGUCCAAUUUCGCGACUCAAAUCCAGAGGAUGAAGAAAUCAAGGAGUUUGAGCAGCAUCGACUAGAAUACAUUGAAAUUUUGCGCGAUUUGAGAAAGAAGUUUCCAAAUAUUGACAUGAAAACAUUAGAAGAAAGAGCAGAGUUUGAAGCUGUUAAUAAAGGUCCUAAAAGUAGAGCUUUUUAUCGCAUUCAAGCUACGCGAAAACUUACUGGAGGAGGCAAUGUCAUCAAGAAAGCUAAAAUUGAAAAGAGAGCGAGUCUACAAGAUGUUAAGCUGGAUCUAAAAUCUGAUGAUAAUAUUACCAAAAUCUUCUUUGAUCCUGGCCAUUACACUGUCAUGGAAAAUAUUGGCACAUUCUACCUCACUGUGUCCCGUGAGGGGGGAGACUUAAAUAAAACCGUUUAUGUUGACUAUAGGACAGAGGAUGGUACUGCUAAUGCGGGAUCAGACUUUGUCUAUGCAGAAGGUACACUUGUGUUUCAUUCACAGGAGGUGCAUAAGCAGUUUCCGGUUACUAUUCUGGAUGAUGAGAUAUUUGAGGAGGAUGAGCAUUUCUAUGUGAGGUUAAGUAAUGUGAGGAUUGGCGAUUCUGAUGGCAUGUUGGACAGCAAUAGUACACCCUCACCAACAGACUGCAAGGUACAACUGUCCAACCCUUCCUUGGCCACUGUCAUGAUCUUGGAUGAUGACCAUCCAGGAAUAUUUCUAUUUGAGGAUAGUGAGAUGACUGUGCACGAGUCUUGUGGAGAGGCCGAAGUAAAGGUACUAAGAUCAUCAGGAGCACGAGGAUGUGUUAAAAUAGGCUACAGAGCCAUUGAUGGGACAGCAAAAGCUGGAAAAGACUAUCAGGAGUGUGAAGGAGAAUUAACCUUUGAAAAUGAUGAAUCUGAAAAGGUGAUUUCAAUCCCUAUCAUGGAUGACGAGGAAUACGAGAAAAAUGAGGUGUUCUACCUAGAGUUGGAAGAGCCACGCCUUGUUCGCAGAGGCUCAGGAAAAAACAAUGAUUCUGGUAAUGUACCAGACCAGGAGGAAGAUUCUGCCCUUGUGGAAUUGGGCAAACCUCGACUUGGAGAAUACAGCAAGAUUACCAUCCAUAUCCAAGAGAGCACUGAGUUUAAGAACGUUGUUGACAAACUGCUGAAAAAAGCCAAUGUGUCCUUAGUAGUUGGGACAUCCUCAUGGAGAGAGCAGUUUGUGGAGGCCAUAACUGUGAGCGCAGGAGAUGAGGAUGAUGAUUCUGAGGAGGCUGAAGAAAAACUGCCUUCUUGUCUUGACUAUGUUAUGCAUUUUCUCACCAUAUUUUGGAAGGUCUUGUUUGCCUUUGUUCCACCUACAGAUUACUGGGGUGGAUGGGCAUGUUUCUGUUGCUCCAUCCUUGUGAUUGGUUUACUGACUGCUGUGAUUGGAGACUUGGCUUCUGGUUUUGGUUGUACAGUGGGCCUCCAGGACUCUGUGACAGCUAUCUCCUUUGUAGCCUUGGGUACUAGUGUACCAGAUACCUUUGCCAGCAAAGUGGCUGCCAUUAACGACAAAUAUGCUGACUCGUCUAUCGGCAAUGUGACAGGCAGCAAUGCUGUCAAUGUGUUCCUAGGGAUUGGUGUGGCCUGGACCAUUGCAGCUAUCUACCAUGCUGCAAAUGGGGAUACUUUCAAGGUAGACCCCGGUACCCUUGCAGUGUCUGUCACAGUGUUCUGUGUUUUAGCAUUCUGCUGUAUGCUCGUGUUGAUGCUGCGACGGGUUAAGGCAGUGGGCGGUGAACUCGGGGGACCAUUGAAGUACAAGAUACCCACGUCUAUUUUCUUUUUUUCCUUAUGGAUGACCUAUCUGCUCAUCUCUGGCCUUGUGGCCUACUGUCACAUUUCAAGUUUUUAGAGAGGUUAUGUCCAUAGGUCUCUGCUAAUACAAUUUAAUACACGGCUAAGCAAGAGUUCAGACAAGGUCAAUGUAAGGCUUAGGAGACUGGACAGAGCUUGACUCAGCAGAAAUUUGCUAAGGCUGGAAACAUAAAGUUAGUACAAAUGGCACACCAAAACUCGGUACCAGUAUGACAAGGUGAAACUGAAAGGCUCGAUAUAUGAUUGUAUGGUUGAAAAAACUUUGCAGAUUGUCUACUUGAAAUGGAAUACAGUCAGUGGCAGGACAUUCUCUAGCUGGGUAAUAUGGCUCGAAAGAUUGUGUUCAAAUACCUCAACAGAACGUGGCCAAAUGAAUGAACAGAACAUGACCAAAUGGCUGAAGAGAAAUUGGUCAAAUGGAACAUGACCAAAUGGCUGAAGAGAAAUUGGCCAAAUGGCCAAACAGAACAUGGCCAAAUGGCUGAACUGAACAUAGCCAAGCAGUUGAACAGAUCAGUACUGAACAGCCAGACAGAAUUAUUCUAAACUGCAUGGUGCUGAAAGGCUCAACAAAACAGUGCUGAAGGCUGAAAUGGACUUACUCAAAGGUUUGGGUGAGCUUGGCCUCACAUAGAAGAGAACAUUUACGCAUUGAAAAGUUCUUAAUUCUGUCAUGAUCCACUGUAAAAGGGCAGCAAGGAAGUUGUUAAUUAUACAAAUGCUAUUACCAGCAGAGAUGAAAGAAGUAUAUGUAUGUUUGAUGUAUUGAAGUCCUAGCUAGUCUGAAAAUCAGAUUUAUUUGGACACUUUCUGAUUGUUGUUCAGUGUUUUUAGACAUCACACAGCCUAAGUGUCCAUUAUCUCCUAACUUACUCUCCCAGCUAAUAUUUGUUCUUGUGAUAUUUCAUCUUAUGGUUUUUAAGGAGGCACUGGUGCAUGUUUUAUGCAUUGCAAAUAAUGGUGAUUAUAUUCUGCGAGUUUCUUCAUGACCUAGUAGAGCCUGCUUCUCUUGGAGGAUUUUAAUGUACAUACACCUUACAAUCUGGCUCCCCUACACCACUGGCAUCCAUAUCUGGAUCUUGUCAGAAGUUACUUGUGGCAUUUUUAAACCAGACGGCUCCAAUAUGCACUUAUAGGCUUUGAACCAUGUAUAUGGCAGGGUUAUAGAUAUCUAGUAUUAAUUUCUAGUCUACAUCAGUACUCCAGGUAAAUUUUAUUAUCUGCUAUUACCCAUUACCAGGGUUUUCAAUGUAUUUAUAGGCGUAGUGGAAAACUUUCACAUUCAUACAAGAGAUCUCUUGUCAGUGAGAUCGCGGUUUCAUGUAGCUACGUGUAGGUAACAUCCAGCUGUGUUAACAGCUUUCCAGAGGUGGCUCAGGCAGGUUUUAGUGACUUUAGUCAGUUGUGUACAUGUAUAUAAUCAACAACCAGCCCUUGGUCAUGUUGCACAAUGUAUUUGAGUCAUUUGAUUUACAUGUAGCUGUACUGGACAGAAAUCCCUCUUCUGAUGACUACAUGGACAUGUAUAUUGUAAGUCAACAUUCAGAAAAAGUCAUGCAUUUAUUCUGUGUAAAAUACCUGCUAGAGGAGUGAGGCAGUCAUCGGAGCGCAACUGUGAGGUGUGUCUUCUGCUGACAAGGCAUCCUGCUGAGAGCGUGCUGAUAACUGACAGCGGGAUGGACCUGCUGAUGUACAUGAAGUGUAGACAGGCCUUAUUCUCCGUAUCAGAGAUCUUUUACAGCUGAAUAAGGUUUAUCCAUUUCUGUCUGCUAAUCUCUGUAAUCUUUGUGGCUGUGCUGUGUGAAAUUCGUUACUUAACUAGCAGUCAUUACCUUAUAGAUAAGACAUUUCUUCUGCCAUGUUGUGCGUAUUAUAGUAUUUUAUCCAUCUACUUUUUGUUUGACUUUGACUUGUACAUUACCUGCUGUAUAAAGCGAUAUGCACAUGUAUAAUUUGUGCACCUUAUGGUUUCAUCUAAUCAAUUGUUAUGGACUUCACAUAUUUAAGGGCAUUUUGAAAAUGUACAUUGGAAACAUCAACACAUUCAUGUGUAUUGAAUGCAACAUUGUAUCCAUGAGUGAUGAAAGUUUUUAUUUCUGCCAGUAUGGAUUCAUUCAUAAGGAUUUGAAUUGCCUACGCGCAGAUACUGACGGAAUAGUCAAGAACUCAAAGAUAUUGUAUGUGAUUAUUUUUUAGGGGUUUUUUUUCCUUAUAUGUUUUUUUUCCUGUGAAAGGGAAUCACUUUUAGGUGUAUGUUAUGGGUUGUGUAAUAUCACCAUCUACUGUGCAACAUACCUGGAUACUCAACAACCUAGGUGGUUUGAACAGAUUAAACAGGGUGCCAUUCUGAAAUGAGUGGUUGCUUAGCAUUCUCUUUCACCUCGCAGCUCGUCAUAGAAAAUUAUUGUGACAGUGUGAGGGGAAAUAAGCCUGCACUGGCAUUAAAUAGAAAACCUGGUAAGUUAUCUCCCCUACUUUAACUGUUGAGCCAUCCCUUGGCAGAAGUCCAGUAUAUGCAUUCCCCGGUCUUACUAUUCAUACAUGUAUGUCGUCAUAAAUCCAUCUUUUGUAUCUAAUGAGAUCAUUUAUUCAUGUUGAUAAUGUAAUAAUGAUUAUUAUUGUUAUUGUUAAUAUUGAUUAUUUAUGCUCAAGGUAUGCCUUGUUCUACCAGUGCACUUUAUGUACAUAAACACUGUUACAGACUCACCGAAUGCUGUACCUAAAUAUAGUAAUAGUUUGUUCUCUUCUGAAGAUGUCCAGAUAUUAAUUUUUGUCUAAUCCUGCAUUUUGACGUGUGAUAUGGUUAACCUAAGACACCAUCUCCGUUUUAAUCACCAUAGACAGAUUCUAAACGAAACCUUCCCAUAGCAAUUUAUUGGAGGUUUACCCUACUCUUAGCCAUGGUAUGUACUUAAAAACAAGAAGAAAAAAGUAUUUGCUGUUUGAACCUUAAGCUUAUACAGCUUUCUUGUACAGUAUUGUUCUGUUUUUGUCCAAGAUGACGAAUAUAUUGAACUUGUUACAGAAGUAGUAUUGCCAUACCAGUUCACUAUGGUUGUUUGUUAGCCUGUAUUAUUGACCAGAUGUGUUUACCAUGCAGAUUUCAUUUCAAGCCAAGUUUUGCCUAGCUAACAUAUUGAUUUUUUUCUUUUUCCUGGUAAUAUGUUUUUUCCCCAAUAACAUAAAUGUAUGCCUUAAUUGUGAGCAUUUUUUCAUUUGUUCAUGGGAUUGUUGGUGACAUAGUAAACUUUAGUUGUGGGUAGUCUCUUUUUACUUGCCUUGACACAUCCUGAUGUACUUCUGAUGCAUUCAGUUAACAUUAGUUUCUGCUUACAUCAUUUUCACUCCAUUGAUGUGGAACGGAGAAUGCAAAAGGAUGUGUUUUGAUGGUUGAUCUUUCUAGUUGUGUUUAAUUUCAGUUACCAUCAGCAGCAUUUAUCAGGACAUCAAAUGUGUGAAAGUUUGGCAGUUUUCUGCCAAAGGUUGGUGGUUUACUGUGAACACUCUGGUUUUCCCCACCCAUGACUGCCAUUAUACAAGUGAAAACUUCUUGAGAACAGAAAUACACCUCAAUCAUAGAAAAAAAAUGUGCAGCGUGUAACACCAGUGACUGAUCCACUCUGAAACCUGUGUUAUGUUAUUGCAGAGCAGGAAUCAUAUCUCAUCUUUCAAGACUGUGAUUGUGGUAUAGAUCAUCAGAUUGUCGUACACUGAAUCUUGGUUUGCAAAGUGCUGCACAUGUAAAACCAGUAUUCAAUGGAAUCUCACGGAAGAUCUGCUCAGAAUGAGAUGACUGUAUCUGGGAAUUGUGCAAGGAUAAUCAGGAUAUUGACGAAACGUUGUGAUCAGUCGUUAGUUAUCCGAAUAGACGGCAGUGAUGUGGAUAUUAGAUAUAUUUGUAUAUUACAAUAUUAUAUAGUUUACAUUUUGUUUGUUUUGCAAUUCAUCUAGACUAGCAUAUUGUUGAUACUGUACAUGCUAGCUAUAAACCCUUGUGCAAUGGUUGUGUUAUGUCUCCGAGCUUGGUCUCUCUGACAAAGUCACUAAGGUCCCUAGAUCUAUCACACACAGAGAUGGUCAUAUCAUCUUAAGUUUAUUUUUGCUUUUUUUUUUUCCUCAGGAAUUUGGCUUGGGAAAUUUUUUCCUGUUGUUAAAUGUAUUUUGCCCAUUCCAGUUUGCACAUCUCUUCAUGGUUAAAUUAAAAAUCUUACCCCUUUUUAUGUGGUGUUUAAUUUUACUUGUUUAUUGGUGACUGAUGGUUCUCCAGCUCUAUACCGUUACUUGUCCUUGAAAUAAAGGAUUGAAUAAUACACUCAA